ACACUGUCUCCACACACGUUUGUUAUUAUUUGUGCGUUCGUUGCAAACGGAACUGCUGUUUGUGAAUCAAGAUCUCUAGAAGAUUCCCUUGAAUGCAUCUAUUCUGAGUUAUCAAGGAAAAUGGCUCAACUAGGAACGUUCAACGUCGAGCUUAAGCUCUUUUGUGUUCUGCAAUUAUCCUGCUAGGCAUGGACUGCCUAACAAGUCUCAUAGAAGCUAAUUGGCAGUCCACUGAAUACAGAAGCUGUUCUUGUUGGUGAUAAGUUUGCAUCUGAAAUAACACAGUUCUUGAGAUCCAGUUUAAAAGCUAACAUUUUAUUGAACAUUACAUAAAAUCAACACUUGAAACUAAAAUAGCAUUAACAUUUUUUUGGACAUAAAGAAAAAAAAUUGUUAUCAAUAAAAAAAAAUGGAUGUUCUGAAAGAUCAUAGUGACAACAGCAAUGGUAGCAGUGACAUCAGCAGUGAUGGGGAGGAUGGUCAUAUUAUGCUGUUCCCAAUCACAGAUGUUGAUGCUGAUGCCUCAUGUGAAUCCCUAGCUGAUCAGCACAGUGCAGUCGGUAGGGUCUCUCACAGACAUAGACAUGACAGCGAGACAGAGCCUGUCAAGGCUUUUAUAACUCUCAGAGAGAGGAGACUUAUGAAGGCUUAUUCUGGUGUACUUCCUGAUAGUAAUCUAAAACCACUAGCAAUUGCCAAAGCUCGAGAGAUUCAAUCUGCUGCUGGUCCCAAUCAGAAGCCACACUUUAAACUCAAACCAAAGUUUGAAAGAAUUAUGAAAAAGCUUCGCAAAGGUGUUGAUCAUUGGGAAAAAUACCACCUGGAUGAUAUUGAAACAGAAUUAGCCAUCAGGCAUCGCUACAACCCAAGAAAAAAAAUCUGGAUGCAAGAUCAUGUUUUGGUCAAGAUGGAGAAAAAGCCAUUUACCAGAGGUGCUAUGAGGCAAUGCUUUAGAGUCAAGAAGAAGCAUUCUUCAGUGUGCAACUCAACUUAUGGACUGGACAAAAAUGCCAGUAACUAUGUGGCUAAAAGUUACAUCGAAGUAGUAGACAGAGAUGUUUACUUUCAGGAUGUGAAGCUACAAAUGGAUGCUAAGCUUUGGGGAGAGGAAUACAAUAGGCAUAAUCCUCCCAAGAAGGUGGAUAUCUUUCAGAUGUAUGUUCUGGAGUUUCCUGACCGCCCUGGAAAGCCUUUGUUUCAUCUUGAACAUUUCAUUGAAGGGGAAUAUAUUAAGUAUAACUCAAAUUCAGGAUUUGUUGAGGAGAAUCUCAGACUCACGCCACAGGCAUUUAGUCACUUCACCUUUGAACGUUCUGGUCAUCAACUGAUUGUGGUGGACAUUCAAGGUGUCGGAGACCUCUAUACAGAUCCACAGAUUCACACAGCAGAGGGAAAGGAGUAUAAUGAAGGAAAUCUGGGGCCAAAAGGAAUGGCUCUGUUCUUUCAUUCACAUAUCUGCAAUUCUAUCUGCCAGAGUCUUGAUUUGAGUCAAUUUGACCUUUCAAACAAUGAAGUUGCAACAUGUCGACAGUUCAUUGAGAAACAGAAGUUCAACUCUAUGACCCAGCUACGAGGCAGUGAUGAUUCAUGUAUUUCUGCAUCCCCUAUGGACACAUUUGACCUGACUGAAAUCUUAGGCAGACAUCGCUCAUCAGACUCUACUACUUCUGCUGAUGAGGAUUCCUCUGGCCCACUCAGUCCUAGUAGUGAAGAUGAGCCCAUGUCAGUGGACAGUCCACUGGGGCAAAUUAGGGCCAGGAUGCGCUGGCAGAGUGAAUCUGAACAAGAGUCCUUAACUGCGGAGGAAGAAAGAAAAGCUUUCAGUGAGGCACAAGCCAUGAAGAGCAGACCCUCUACUGUAUGCCAUGAACUUGAUCUAAGGCGCAUUUCAAACACUUUAAAAAUAGGAGAUUCUGUUUUAGGACAGAUUCACCAUGAAAUGGCUAAGUAUCAUGAGAUUGGGCGUUUUUCUGUGCAAGAAGAAAUCAUAGACUGGGAGUCUGCAUUGUUUCACGAAGAGCAUGCUGCCCAGCUGGGUGUCUUGGAGGCAAUCAUCACUAUGGCAAAGUUAUACUUGGGUCUUCAGAGAGACUUGUUUGUUAACUGCAUUGUGCAGCAAACUCCAGAGAUGUUGGAUUUAGGGAUUGACUACAUGGUGCAAGCUGCAGAGGCUGGAGACAGAACAGCCAUGAUUUAUAUGGCCAGGGCGUUUGAAACUGGUGAAAAUCUAGGAACUAAAAGGUCUAUCUCCUGGGAAGAUGCAGUACAUUACUAUCAGCAGGCCAUUGAACAAAACGACCAUGAUGAAGGUGGGGAAUUUGAUUCCACAAUGGCAGACCCUGUACAUCAGCUGCUUGCUCAACAGGCUGAGAUGUAUAGAGCUGGUGGCCAUGGACUUGACAAGGAUUUGCAAAAAGCCGGUGACUUGUACAAUGAAGCUGCAGAAGCUGCAACUGCUGCUAUGAAAGGAAGACUAGCCAACAAGUACUUUAUGCUGGCAGAGGAAUGCUAUGCUGAGAUGGAUUAAGUUAA